AAGGAGGUAAAUGAGGCUGUUGCUCUAUAAUCUUGCAGGGACAAAGACAAGGUGACUCACUGCUCAGAAGGAAACUUUGAAUGAGGUCUCUCGCCUGCCACCGUCACGCCCUGCCACCUUGGGCAAUUCUGACACAAAACCAAGGGCCAGCUGAGCCACAUGUGCCAGAAGAAGACAGACAUGGCCACGGAGCAAGCUGAACAUAACCCAAAUGCUACCAUCAACCUGCACUUUGCUGCAAUCUACAAUCUCCACGAUGGGGAUUUAACCUCCUUGCGAAACUUCUCCUUCCCUUUCAAUUUCAGUUACAGCGAUUACGACCUGCCGCUUGACAGUGAAGACGACGUGACCAAAACCCGCACCUUCUUUGCAGCCAAGAUUGUGAUCGGGGUGGCUCUGGUUGGCAUCAUGCUGGUCUGUGGCAUCGGCAACUUCAUCUUCAUUGCUGCUCUCGCCCGCUACAAGAAGCUGCGAAACCUCACCAACCUGCUGAUUGCCAACCUGGCCAUCUCGGACUUCAUUGUGGCCAUCGUGUGCUGCCCCUUCGAGAUGGACUACUACGUGGUGCGGCAGCUCUCCUGGGAGCACGGCCACGUCCUCUGUGCCUCAGUCAACUACCUACGGACUGUCUCCCUCUACGUUUCUACCAAUGCUCUCCUGGCUAUAGCUGUUGACAGGUAUCUGGCCAUCGUUCACCCGCUGAAACCCCGCAUGAAUUAUCAAACAGCAACCUUCCUAAUUGCCUUAGUCUGGAUCGUCUCCAUACUUGUAGCUAUCCCAUCUGCAUACUUUGCUACCGAAACAGUCUUAUUUAUAGUGAAAAACCAGGAGAAAAUUUUCUGUGGCCAAAUUUGGACAGUUGACCAGCAGAUGUACUACAAAUCGUACUUCCUCUUCAUCUUCUGUAUCGAAUUUGUUGCACCUGUGAUUACGAUGACCUUGUGUUAUGCCAGGAUCUCUCGGGAGCUCUGGUUUAAAACCGUACCAGGAUUUCAGACGGAACAGAUCAGAAAGAGGCUUCGAUGCAGAAGGAAAACCGUUAUGGUACUGAUGUGCAUCCUGACUGCCUAUGUUCUCUGCUGGGCACCCUUCUACGGCUUCACAAUUGUCCGUGACUUUUUCCCCACCAUCUUUGUGAAAGAGAAGCAUUACCUUACUGCUUUUUACAUUGUUGAAUGCAUUGCUAUGAGCAACAGCAUGAUAAACACCAUGUGUUUCAUAACUGUAAAAAAUAACACCAUGAAGUAUUUCAAGAAGAUCAUGUUGCUCAGAUGGAGAUCAACAUACAACGGAAGCAAAUCUAGCACAGAUUUAGACCUGAGAACAAGUGCAAUGCCAGUCACAGAGGAGGUAGACUGCAUAAAACUGAAAUAAUUUUUCUGCAGUUCUAAUCUCACUUAUUUUGGACGGGGGUAGAGAGGAAAUAAUGCCUCCUCAGAAGCUUCUCCCUUGGCUGUCGGAGCACCCACCAUCGGUGAGAGUCCUCGAAAAGCAGCCUACUAUGCAUUUCCACUAGAACUCUUUUCACUGGACUGCUACCUAAUCC